AUGUCGGCCACAGAAGAUCGCCGUGAGAUCGUCAUUGUCGGUAAGGACAUCCUCUUUGCGACUGUACCCCGCGCCAGUUGCAUUUUGCUGACCGGAAUAUUUACAGGCGGUGGCAUCAUUGGAUGCUGCUCUGCGUACUAUCUCACAAGACACCCCUCCUUUGACCCAGCCCGUCAUAAAGUCACACUCAUCGAGGCCUCGGAGAUUGCUGGCGGAGCAUCAGGGAAAGCGGGUGGUAUGCUCGCGCAAUGGGCAUACCCGAGCAACAUUGUGCCCCUCAGCUACAGGCUCCAUGCCGAGCUUGCAAAAGAACAUGAUGGUGUGAAGCGAUGGGGCUACCGAGAAGUCAACUGUGGACAACUGGUCGUAAAAGGCCGUGCUCUCACCGAGAAGAAAGCCGAGGACCAGAGCUCGGAGUCCCUCCAGAAACGCAGCACAGCCGCCAUGGCCAAGUUAAAGUCUUCCAAAAUCCCUCAGGAUCUCGACUGGAUUGAGCCAGAGCUUAUGCGGGCUUACGAGAGCAUGAGCGGGCCUGGUGAAACGGCCCAAGUGCAUCCCUAUCAGUUUACUACUUCCAUUGCCAAUCUAGCCGAGGAGAAGGGUGCAAACAUUAUUCUUGGACAAGUUACAGAUAUCAAUCGCUCGAAGAGCUCUGUUGAAUCAGUGACCUAUACCGACAAGAAAUCAGGAGAAUCACAGACCAUUGCAGCUACCGACGUGCUCGUUGCUGCUGGUCCCUGGACUAACACCAUUCUCCCAGAGGUCCCAAUCUCCGCCAUGCGGGCACACAGCGUGGUGAUUGAGCCAAAGGAUCCAGUCAGUGCUUACUGCCUGUUUACAAACAUCGAGAUCCCCGCCAAUUUCAACCCGGAGAAGAAGUCACGUCCUACUGUGGCAGCACCAGAGAUCUACGCACGCCCUGACAGGACGGUGUAUGCGUGCGGUGAUGGAGACAGAACAGUUCCUUUACCAAAUCUUUCCUCCGAAGUCCAGGUUGAUCAGGAACGCUGCCAGGAAAUCAUCGACCAGGUCGGCAGUAUUUCUAACGAUUUGCGCGACGGUGAGGUUCGCACGCGUCAGGCUUGCUAUCUUCCCAACUGUGAUUCUGGUGGUGGACCUCUAGUCGGCCUGACUGGGGUUCAGGGUCUCUACCUUGCCGCGGGUCAUACCUGCUGGGGUAUUCAAAAUGCCCCGGGGACAGGCAAGUUAAUGAGCGAAUUUGUGUUUGAUGGAAAGGCAAUGAGUGCAAAUAUCGCAUCGUUGGAUCCACGCGAUCAUUUUUAG